AUGUAUUCCAAAUGGCUACUUUCCUUAGGCUUCCUGGCUAGUGUGGGUCUCUCCGCGGCCUCUCCAACUGUGUAUUUGAUCCGUCAUGGCGAGAAGCCCAGUGACGGUGGUACUGGUCUCAAUGCUCAAGGCCUCAAGCGGUCGCAAUGCCUGAGGAACGUCUUUGGCGGGGAUUCCCCAUACCAGAUUGGAUAUAUCAUGGCGCAGAAGCCCAAGAAAAUAACAGAUGGCAAGCGGGCCCGUCCCUACGAUACAGUCCAUCCUCUUGCCGAAGAUCUAGGUCUCACUGUAGAUACUUCCUGUGAUCGAGAUGACGCUGGAUGUGUCAAAGAUGCCGUCAAUGAGUAUGACGGAAAGGGCAACAUCCUAAUAUGCUGGGAACAUAAGAGAUUAACAGAUAUUGUGGCGGAGCUUGGCGACGACGAUGCGCCGGAGUACCCCAGUGAAAGUUUUGAUCUGAUCUGGACCGAUCCUUCGCCAUAUUCCAACAUUACUGAGAUCACCAGUGAGCACUGCCCCGGGGUGGACGAUAAGGGUGGUAAGGACGAUAAGGGUGGUAAGGACGAUGAGGAUGGUGAGGACGAUGAGGAUGAUGAGUAA